AUGCUCAACGGAUUCUCAGUCCCCCUCUCUCCAGCAGGAAAGUCCUCCCUAGUAUCCCCUCCCCCAUGGCACUACUCAAGCGACUGCAUGGCCAUCGAGUACUGGACAGACCCAAAAGCCAUCGCCGCUCUCCUCCCACCCGGUCUCACCGUGGACGAGUCUUCAGCCGGCCGUGCCUUCUUGUGGUUUCUCGACUGGCAGUUCACCGGCUCCGACGAUGAGCUGACAGACCCUGCGCGCUACCAGUAUCGCGAGGCCUUCAUCCUAGUCGAAGCCAUCUUUGAAGGCAAACCAGUAAACUACUGUCCGUACAUCUUUGUCGACAACGAUGCUGCCAUUGCGCGUGGCUGGGCACAGGGCUUCCCCAAAAAGCACGCCAGCGUCUUUCAAACGCGAACCUUCUCGGCUCCUGGACCGGCUGCCGCGUCUCUUGCGCCGGGAAGUCGCUUCGGCGCCAGCGUGUCAGCGCACGGAGAGCGGAUUGCGACGGCCCGCAUCCAGCUUGAAGAGAAGAUUGUCGAUCCGAGGACCGUCUUCAACCGCCCUACUGUGAUGCGCCGCUACUUUCCUCAGCUUGUGGCCCGCCGUCAGGACAGACCGGCGGUGGACGAGCUCACAAUGUCCCUGACGGAUAACCUCAAUAUCGUGGACGUCUGGGCUGGGUCGGCUGAGGCGAAGAUCCCGGAGGUGUUUGGCGAGGAGGUGCAUUUGAUUGCGCCGCUGCGUGUUGGCCGGGGCUAUCGGUUUGGCAUGUCAUACUCGGUUACGGAUUUGAGCAUCUUGAAGGACUAUACCGCGCAGCCACUUUCAGGAGAGCCGGUCAUAUCGUCUGCCCUGCUGAAAGAGAUGGAUAGCUGA